CGAGAGAGGAAGCUACAUGGGAAACAGAGGAGAACGUGAAAGCUCGGUAUCCGUACUUGUUUCGAGGAAAGGAGCAUGCUGGAGAAUCAUCAAAGCAGAAGGGUUUAACAGAGUAAUCGAGUUAGCCAAAGCAACAACAGAAGCCUCGGUCGAACCAGUGAAGUCAGCCGGAUGGCUGAAAGGUGUGCGGCGGAACUGAACUCUCCACAUGUUUUCACUUUUGAAGUCGAACGAAAUGUUUUAAUGCUUUUAAGCUUGUGUACCCACUGAAUGUUAAACUACUAUGUUGGGUUUGUACUUUGUUUUAAACUCAAACUUUGCACCGUUCAGUGUUAUGCUUUUGGAUGCUUUGGGAAAACUACCUUAGAUUUCCUAAGCAGGUGAUGUAACCCGUAUGCUAGUGUUAUGUCCAAGUCUGAAUGUGAAGUUAAAUCCUAAGGUUUAAUGAGUAUAUAAUGUGAUGAUGGUUCCAAUAGUACGAGAAGAGGUAGUAGGAUGUUACAAG